GGGGGGAGCAGGGUGGUAAACACACCUGCACUAGUACUGUCUUCAACAUUGGUGCACUUCUAUUAUAAAUAGGGAUGAGCGAGUGAUGAAGGAUAAACCAAGGAGCUGUAAAUUAAGAGCAACCCACACUGGGACUGGAAUUCCUACCUGGCCAGUACAACUCUACUCUACUCUAAUAUAAUGUACAUACAUGUAACGUUACAUGAUAUUAAUUAAGACUUGGCGAAGACAGGUAUAAAGUAUGAUCAAUGGAGAAAGACCUCCCUUCUCCACUGUGGAGGUGUUGUACAGAAGUGAGAACUUCCUGGUGGUGAACAAGCCUUACGAUCUGGUGUUGAACUGGGAUGACCCUUCCAGAACAGACAGUCUACAGCACCUGUUACAGGAGAGGUUCCCAGACCUGGUAGAUGAGUCACUCACACAUCGUUUCAGGUUUGUCCACAGACUGGACUACUCCACCAGCGGUCCUGUCUGUAUCGCACUCAACAAGCAGGCAGCUGGGCAUGCUGGGAAGGCUUUCUCUCAGAAACAGGUCAUCAAGCGAUAUCUGGCCUUGGUGCGUGGCCACAUCAGUGAGAACAACCUGUCCAUUGAUAAAGCCAUAGGUGAGCAGGGUGCACCUGAUGCACCUGUCCCCAUGUGUGUGGAAGGUACACCUGGCUGUCAGCAGCCCAGGGAUGCUGUCACACAGCUGACGGUGGUGGAGAAAGGCCUGUAUGAGGGGCAGCCAGCUACAAAAGUUCAGCUGUGUCCUGUGACAGGUAGAAGACACCAGUUACGUGUGCACUGCCACAGCAUUGGGCACCCCAUAGUGGGAGACUACACCUACAGCUGUCACCAGGACACCAGUCCUUACAGGAUGAUGCUUCAUGCACAGAAACUUAUCAUACCUCUCAGGGAAGAGGUCAUUGACAUUGAGACCAAUGACCCCUUUGUAACAAACUUUGACCCACAGUGGCAAAGUACAGAAAGAUAGCAGUGUCAGAAUUUCUGUUUCCUAAAGAAACUACAGUCAAACUUGUAUAAGAAGACCACCCUGGGGACCUAAGGAAUCUGGUCUUCUUAGACAAGUGGUCUUCUUAUCUAAAAAGGAGCCAGGUGACAAGAAAACAAAGACACCAAUUUCGAAGUUCAAUAUUUAACACGUUAAAUUAUACUAUUGUACUAGUUAGGAUAUACUCUGAACCCUAAUACGGGCAAAAGUAAUGUGCAGUCGUGAUAACUGGGAUGAUUAUGAUUAUAUGAAAUAGGACAUCUAAAUCAGUAAUGCCAUUAACAGAUAGGACAUACCUUCUCAAACUUUUUUUCUACCAAAUAUAAUGUACCUACAAUCUGACCGGAGUUUUAUAGAUCCAUCUCAUAUUGUGAUGAUAUAAAGAAUAUGCUAUGUUGUGUUUUUAUUGUGUAAGUAAAUGAAUGAAUAAAACAUUUUUGUGGAAAACCUUUGCACAAGAAACAUGACAUUAAAACACCAGUUUGACCUAACAUAACUACUCAGAAAAUCUGUAUACCAGUAGACAGUAGGCAUCCUUCCAUCUCGAGAGAUGAUGAUAGAACUUUAGGUCCGUGGCUGUAGA